AUGGAUCGAACUGCGCAAUCCGACUGUGAGUUACAAGUAAUCGAAUGGAGGCAUUUAGAUAAAUAUAGCUUAUCAACAUAUAUCUUCACGUCAUCAUGCAGUAUACGAUUCUUGACAUAUCCAUUUAAUUUUGUCAAAUCGCGCUUGCAACUUCAAAAACAAAAUACAGUUUACAAAGGAGUGCGACAUGCGUUAGUACAUAUUAUUCGAAAUGAAGGUUUACGUGGUUUGUAUAGGGGUUUCUUGAUGACUGUUCCUCAAAAUGUUGCACCAUUGAUAUACUGCAAUGCUUACGAGAAAACGCGUGAAUCUUUGAAGUUUCAUCUGGGUUUAUCGUCCGACAAAUUAGUUUCUCCCUUAGCCGGUAGUACUGUGUCGCUUUUAACUCAAAUCAUAUUUGUUCCAACAGAUAUUACUUCGCAAUAUAUGAUUAUUUACAAUAAUCCUUCAGCCUUUAUUGGUGAGCCCCAUCAUGCCGCUGUCUUGAACUAUGUAUAUCAAAAUAAAGCCAAAUUGUCAUCAAUACAUGCUUUUCAAAUUUUCCGCGCCUUGUAUCAUGUUGAUGGUUAUCGUGGCUUUUUCAGAGGUUAUAUAGCUUCAGCAGCAUUGGGCAUGUCUGUUGGAUCAAUAUUUUGGACAGUAUAUUAUACAUGUCUGGAAGGCAUUCGAUGGUGUAGGAGGAAAUUUCUUCAUAAUUUGCUUGGGUAUGACAAAGAUGGACAUCCUUAUCUUUUAUUGGAUCAGGGAGUAGCUGCAGCGACCUCUUCUAUAGUAGCAGCAACGCUGACAAAUCCACUGGAAAUAUUGCGAUUACGUGUACAGGUUCAACGCACAUCUUACCCAAUUACUAUGAAAAGGAUGUGGUCCGAUGAGAGGUAUAGAAUAAUAACAAAAGGUCUUCUACCAAGGAUGAUUAAUAGCUGUAUAUGUACGACUGCAACGAUGAUGGUUUAUGAAACUUUGAAGAAAGUUUGCGUACUACCAGAAUAUCAGGGCCAAGUGAUUUGGUGA